GGCAUUGAUAGUUUUUGUGAGAGAGGAGAUGAUUGAGAAAGUACUAAUCCACUAGUUUUGAGAAGAGAGCACCUCGCCACACGUAUUUCUUCAAUCUUCAGUGAAUGGAGUUAUUUGAAAUACAAGACAAAGAAAGAAUGCUGAAAAGGAAGAAGAAUGAAAUUAGUAGGGGACCAUCAUGUGUAGAACUAAUUGAGAGAACUAUUUAAUCAAAUUCUUGAAAUUAUUUCACCGCUAUAUUCCUCACAUGGACUGGGGCCAUGGACUUCAUAGUCCCUUAGUUUUUCCUUCCCUCUACGAAAUCACAUACUAAUUGUGGCUUAAAUUUGUCAUUAUCAGGUUUGUGUUUCUUCGAACUUUUUUUUGUUUUGAUUGAGAAGUUGCUUUUUAUAACUUUAACUGUUCUCACUUGCUUCCUUUUUUUUGGGUAAGUUACUUAACUUACCAUCUUCCGUAUCAUAUGUUUUUUGAAAAUUAUUUACUUGCAGUCAAUAUUCACGAACAUGUGACGGAGAGUAUCAGGUUCUGUGUGGUAUUUCUGUGUGGUAUUUUGGUGCACUUAUAAGAAUUGAUAAGUUUCAGAUUUUUCCCUGAGUAGUAGUUAUAUCCUUUGAUUGUAGACACGAUUACUUGCAUACACCAUUAUCAAGGUUCUUGUUUCGCUGCCUACUCGAAUGUAAACACUAUGUGGGGGUCCCUUAAUUCGAGGAAAUCUCUGGAUAAUGCAUAUCGCGAGCAAUGGAAGAAAUUAAGUCCCUUUGCCGAGAUACUUGCGGGGAAGGAACUAGAUGUACUGGACCUACAUGUGAUAAGAAAAAUCUCAUUGUGACAUUUCUAAUUACAGCUUGUGGGAGACAGGAGUUGCCUCUUAUUAACAGCCAUUCAGACCUUGACAUGGCUUUGGACUCUUUGGAACCUAUCCUGUCCGGCUUAGAUUUUCUGGCUGGAAAGGUGUGGUGGACUUCUCGAUAUGACACUGAAGACUUGUCAUAUUUGCAGCGUCUACGAGAAGUCACUCCCCAAAUUGUUAACCGGAGUGCCCAAAUCAACUCAUCUACCUUUUUUGUUUAGUUUUUGGUUCAUAUGUUUGUACAUCAAAUACUGCUACUUCACGAUUUAGUUAAAUGUCAGCCAAAACCGUACACUUCAAGUCAAGUUCCACUUCCCCCUUUUGUCAGGAUCCCUGU